CAUAUCAGCAUUAGUCUACUAGUGUACGGCGUAGCGUGUACAUUUCAAAAAGCGAUUGUGGACAAUCGGCAGUUAGUGACUGACAUGUUGCGGAAAAAGUUAUCAAAAAGAUUUCUUUUAUUUUUAUCGAAUUAAUGUGAUUUUGCGACGCAGUUUUGUUAAUAUCUGUAAAUAUCGUGUAACAUCUGCGUACGACUUUUAUUCCAAAAAAUUUUUAAAGAGAAUUAUUGAAAAGAUAUUUAUCAACAUUUAAAUUUAUAAAAUACAAUCUGUUUGUCUAUUUAAAAAUAUAAAAUAUGAUAUCGCGUGUAUCAAGUAUUAUCAAUUACUGAGCGAUUAAUCGAACUUUUGAUUACACAAUUAUUAUGCACACGUGUCAGCGCCUGAAAGUGAUGUGCAUCGAUAAGUUCUAUCUAGAUACAUAGUGUCAAGGCACUCGUAAACCUUCGUAUAUGUAUACUUAGGCGUAUUUAUAUUUAGUAAAUAAUUUUACAAUACGUGUUGACGUGCAGCUAAAUACAGCUGUGACGUCAGUUCUCAUGUCCCAAUUCUAUGAUAAAUCUUUAUCGUGAGAUUUAUUUAUCUUCAAAUGUAUAUUUCUCGCGCGGCGAUAGAGAUGCAAGAAAAAAAUAUCAGAGAUUUUUUUAUUAUAUAUCUAUGACAGAUAUUGCAUUGAAGAGACGAGUCACGCUGUAGACCUCCUGUUUAAGAAUGACAUCCGCCUCGUCCGCGCGGAGUCUUUAAUCCAUCCGUAAUCCACGUUAAUUAAGUUGUUAUGACACAAGCGAUAAUCGCUGUGUUGUCCGUAGUUCCUUUCCUCCGAUCUCUUUCACAUCAUCGUCGAUUCUUACGCGCGGUCGCUGCAGUCGAAAUGUAAGAGCGGUUGAGCAAUCGCUCGCAUAUCUCUGAUCCUUCGAUAGUGGAACUAUUUGGAGCUACCAGUGCGCGCCGGAGUCCUAAGAUCCGGGAAUCGCUCGGCAUGGUGGAGACCAUGAUGGAGACCACGGUGGAGUUCACUCCGGUUUACGACGACGCCACCGAGCGUUUUCUCGCGAGCGAAUUUGCAAGGCUCGAAGGCGAAUGCUACGUGGACCAUGCGGGCGCAACUCUGUAUUCGGACACGCAGAUCAGGAAUGUUAGUGCCGAUUUGCAUGGUUCUCUUUACGCGAAUCCGCAUUCUAUUGGUAUUUCGUCGACACAGGAUAUUAUCGAGCGUACGAGAUACCGAAUUCUGAGCUACUUCAACACGAAUCCCGACGAGUACAGUGUUAUCUUUACUUCCGGCGCCACGGCAAGUCUAAAGAUAAUUGCGGAAGGAUUUCGCUUUAGGACGGAUGGAAACGAUGAGAAGACAAUUGCGUGCCCACGUUCGGGAAGUUUCGUUUAUAUGCAGGACAAUCAUACAUCAGUCCUUGGGAUGCGAGAUGUAGUCGUUGCCAGAGGCGCCGAGGUUGUCUGCCUAGGCCACGAUCAGGCAUUUCAGAUUUUCAGUCAACGUUCAACCUCGCCUGACGAGUCUAACGAGAGACAGGGCGAUAAUUCUCUCUUCGUGUACUCCGCGCAAUGCAACUUUUCCGGAUUGAAGUAUCCUCUUAAGUGGAUCAGUGAUACGCAUGCUGGAGCACUUUCCGUUUUCAGUAACAGACCAUUAACCAGGUGGUACGUUCUGCUUGACGCUGCUAGCUUUGUGGCAACAAAUAAGUUGGAUUUAUCUAUCUUCAAACCAGACUUCGUGUGUCUGUCUUUCUAUAAAAUGUUCGGCUAUCCCACCGGUAUCGGCGCUCUGCUCGUUAAAAACGCCAGCUCCGAUAUCUUAGAGAAAGUUUAUUACGGUGGUGGUACCGUAGACGUCGCUCUCAGUUCUGAAAGAUUCAAUAGAAAACGUCAAGUGCUGCAUCAAAGAUUCGAGGAUGGAACCGUGCCGUUUCUGUCUAUCAUAUCGUUGCAAUAUGGUUUCGAAAUACUUUUGAAGCUGACUAUGGACAAAAUAUCGAAACACGUUUUUUCUCUCGCUAAAACUUUACAUCAUUCCCUACUGAUGCUACAUCAUUGCAAUGGUAAACCAGUCGUGAAACUCUACUCCGAUUCCGAUUACGAAGAUCGCGGCUCGCAAGGUGGCAUCGUCACAUUUAAUCUCAUUCGAUCCAACGGCGAAUACGUAGGAUACAUGGAAGUCGUGAAUAUGGCAGCGUUAUUCAAGAUACAUCUUAGAACAGGCUGCUUUUGCAAUCCCGGUGCGUGUCAGAGACAUUUAUCCCUUUCGGCCAAAGAGAUUCUUCAAAACUACGAGGCAGGAUAUACGUGCGGUGGUGCCGCGGAUUUAAUAAAUGGAAGACCGACCGGAGCAGUGAGAGUCUCAUUCGGAUAUAUGUCCACAAUUAAAGACGUUCGGACGGUCUUACUUAUGAUUAACAAAUGUUUCGUCGACGAGCCGUGCAUCAGAAAAUUUCCGCAGUGGUGGGAAGACCACAGGAUGGGAAUUCGUAAUAAUUACACAUACAGACAUUUUUACAAUACCAACAUUUUAGAUUAUUCCAUACCACGUGUUACAAAUAACAAAAAAAAUAUUAUAAACAAUAAUUUGCGGAACGAUUUCCAUUAUAAAAGUGAAAAAAGUUUUGAUCGCAUUAUAAACCCUAUAAAUUCUAAUAAAAUUAACAAAUGUACCCUGCAACGGUUAUUUAUAUAUCCUAUCAAAUCGUGUGGGGCAUAUGAAAUUACAGAUUCGUGGAAUUUAAAUUCAAAAGGUCUAGAAUAUGACAGAGAAUGGAUGAUAAUGACAUCCUCUGGAACUUGCUUAACGCAGAAGCAUCACACGAAUCUAUGUUUGCUUAAGCCUGUUAUUCUUAAAAAGCAAAAGAUUAUGAAACUAACAUAUCCAGGAAUGCCAACAAUUGAGGUACCUUUAGACAAUGUAUAUGAAAAGUCCAUAAAACAUCCUAUAUGUCAAAGCAGAGUAUGCGAAAGUAGAGUACAAGGUAUCGAUUACGGAUCGGAAGUUUCCGAGUGGUUGAGUUUAGCAUUGGGCAAACCGAAUGUUAGAUUAAUUCGACAAAGUCAAAAAAGACAAAAAAAAGGAUUAGAUAAGGCAGAAUUAUCAUUUUCUAGUCAGGCACAGUAUUUAGCAGUAAACGAAGCGAGCGUGUCAUGGCUUAGCGACAAAGUGUCCGAUGACUUAGAUUUCGAAAAAGAUACAGCCGUGUAUCGAUUCAGAGGAAACAUUAUCAUGAAAGGUUGUGAAGCCUUUGACGAAAUGCAAUGGGAGCAUGUUCGCAUUGGAAAUAAUAAUUUUGAAGUAAACGGUCCUUGCACGAGAUGUCAAAUGAUAUGCAUUGAUCAAAUAACUGGCAAAAAGACUAUCGAGCCAUUAAGAACGUUAGCGGAAGAAUUCCAUGGAAAAUUGAAAUUUGGAAUCUAUUUAACUAGAUUGGAAAAAACGCAAGACACACUUAAGAUUGGUGAUUGUAUCUACUAUUCCUAAAGAAAUGAUUUCUAAAUAAAUUAUUACCUAAACUUCAUGCAUAAAAUUUAAACAAAAAAUUUUAUAUGCUUUAUUAAGUACUAUAUAUAUGUAUAUACUAUGUCAUUAAUGCAUAUAUAUUAUAUAUAUUAUAGCAAAUAAUUUUUUAUUUCUGUAAUAAAUAUCAAUAAAAUGAACUUUUUGUUUUAUACCUGAUCUGUAAUAAAACGAGAUUAUAAUAGUAUACAA